UAGAGAGGCGUGCAUGUUUGGUUGGUGGAAGGCAACGAGGGAGGUAUAUAAAUACAAUGAAACUGAUCAGGAGAAGGCGUGAAUGAAAUCAAAGAGGGAAGGAUCAAAGCGAGAGAUCGAGAAGAAGAACAUGGGUGGCGGAGGAGGAUGGAAUAAGGGAUCAACGGUGAUGGCUACGGCGGCGACGGUGAUGGUGAUGAUGAUGGCGGUGGGAGAGGCAGAGAUUGACGCAGGAUGUGCUCAGAGCUUGGUUCCAUGCUUAGACUUCCUGGACUCUGCAAAUCCUCCCCUCAAAUGCUGCAACCCUCUCCAAGAGAUGGUCAUUAAUGAUCUUUCUUGCCUCUGCUACCUAUAUGCCAACACUGAUUUCCUUCAAACCUAUGGUCUCAACCGCACUAUUAGUGUUCGUCUCGUUCGCCGUUGCGGUCUCACCGUUUCUUUCGCUUCCUGUCAAGCUUCUUCUGCUCCUCCUCCUACUCAAGCGACAUUGUCCCAAGCAACGCCCGGAGCUGAUGGUGGAGAUGCAGGCAGAGUGCCAAGCACUAUUGGGCUCUCUUUGGUUCUCCUGUUUUGUUCUGCUAUGCUGUUUCGUUAACUAGAAUUUAGGAAAGGAGCAUUUUCCAUUUCUGAAAACGGCUGCUUUAAUAGUCCCUAUUCUAUUACCACGUACUGGCUUUUCUUCGCCUUAUGUUUUGCCCUGUUGGAUUCAGAAUACUUAAGCUUGAAAUUUAUUAAAUGCCAAUUUAUGCUACUUGGUCAACUGAUCACGGGCAGGGAUCACAAUAAAUACAUUCAUUAAAAGCACAUUG